GAUUUCCGGGCUUCGCUAUUUUUUUUUUACAGUGACGUCAGAAAACAAGCGGGUGGGACUUGUCUUGAGGAGUUGAAAAACGGGUUGGAGGAGAACCUGGGAGUCUGUCCCUGUGCGCUGCAUGCUGCUGUGGGCAUGGCCGAUUGCAGCCGGGCUCCGGUAGCUCGGGCGCUCUUGCAGCAGUGCCUGUAUGCGAAGUUACAGGUGAAGCCUCCGGAGUUAGGUUCCGAAGCCGAAUGGGUGGAGAUCCAGCGAGGACUUAUAAUCUACAUAUGUUUCUUCAAAGGGGCCAAUGAAGAAAUCAUUCUCAAAAUGGUUAAUACACUCCUGAGUGAAACUGAAGAUGGCAAAUAUGUUUCUAUUGUGGAUUUGCCAGGCAGCAUUUUAAUAAUACCUCAAGCCACACUGGGUGGUAAACUGAAGGGAAGAAACAUGCAAUACCAUUUCAACGCUGAAAAGGAAACUGGGAUGGAACUUUAUUCUCAGUUUGUAACUCUGUGUGAGAAAGAACUAGCUACUAAUGCCAGAUGUGCCGAGGCUGGUGUUGUUCUCAGGCAUGGGACAUAUGGAAACCGGCAGGUUUUGAAAGUGGAUACAAAUGGACCAUUCACUCAUAUCAUUGAAUUUUGAAAUGUCUGAUCUUUUGAAUGGCUAAUAAAAGUUGCUGUGUUGUUUCAA